GCUAUCAACAUCAAGCACCCUUUCGGUCUUCGAAUUUGGAAACCAGCACUGUACCGCAAAUUUAGGAGUAUCGACACGAAAACCUACAAAGCCCUGCAUGCCGUACCGGGGGAGAAGCCUGCUAGGCCGUUAUACCUCAAUCCCGGGAAUGUUCUAUGGUGUCUCCUCUUUGGAUGGUGGAUUUCACUGGUGUAUGUUCUGGUGGCACUCCUCGUGCUGGCACCAGUCUCGCUUGUGGGCAAGGUCCUGUUGAACAUAUCUGGAUAUAUGUUUUGGCCGUUUGGAAAGUUCAUUGCCAAGAGGCGCAUGUAUCAUAUGAUCUUUGAGCAGGAGGAUGCGCUCGACGGUAGCCACGCCGAUGAGCAAACGAUCCCUUACGACUCGCAGGAAAGGGCCGUCAACGGGUCAGCACCCAAGUUCUCUCCCCAUCACGGAGAUGAAGAUGCUGGAAACCUCUCGGACGAAUCGGAGGAUUCGUGGCGCGAAUAUCAGUCCUCGAGCAGGCGGUACAGCAUCACAGUUUCCCGGGCCAUUCAUUGGCAGGAGUGGGUCCCACGAUGGAUUCGCAAAUUGUACAGCGCAGGCCUCUCCGGUUGUCUAUUCCGUCUCUGCGUGAUCGUAUUGAUUGGCCCACUUCACCUGGUGAUCACAUGCGCAUGCACGUUCUUCGUCUUCUCUUUACCGAUGGCAAAGCUGAACUACGUCUUGCUCAAACACCUUCUUCGACACCCAUUGCAAAUCUCGGCACAUACGCCUCUGGCACCAGAGUUCCAAGUUAUUCUUUGCACGUACAACGCGCUAGGAUGGGAGUACUACAAGUACACCAUCGAUGGGAUCAACAUCAUCUUCAUUAACUUGAUUGCCGUGGUCGCCUUCGCCCUGCUCGAUUUUUACUUCAUCGGACCAACUUUCGGGUUCCACGGUAUCGCCUCCAUGAACGUCAUCUUCUCGGCCAGUCUGAUAUCCUCGAUCCCGCUGGCGUAUUUCAUCGGAAUGGCUGUCGCUUCCAUCACUUCCGAAACCGGUUCUCUUGCUAUUGGUGCUGUCAUCAAUGCCACUUUCGGUAGUAUUAUCGAAAUCAUCCUUUACAUGCUCGCCUUGAGUGAAGGAAAGACACGUGUGGUUGAGGGAGCGGUCGUUGGGAGUCUUCUCGCUGGACUGCUCGCAUUGCCCGGUGUGUCCAUGUUCUUCGGCGGGAUCAAAAGGAAGGAACAGCGCUUCAACGCCAAAGCAGCUGGGGUCACGGCCACCAUGCUUAUCAUGGCGGUAGUUGGAUGUUUCACGCCGACGCUGUUCCAGGAAAUCUACGGUACUCAAGAGCUCACGUGCUUGACAUGCCCUAAACUUGGGGCACUAGAAACCGCUGAUGCUCCCACAACGCUGCUACACAGGUGCAUUGGGUGCAGAAUGCGGUCUACCCCACCUUUCCGUGACUCCAUUUACGUUGGAAGCACCAGGUAUCUGGUGUACUUCUGCAGUGGUCUGCUUAUCCUUAUGUACGCUGUCGGACUCCUGUUCACGCUCCGGACCCACUCCCGUGGCGAUGAUUGGGAUAGUGCGUCGGCUCAUUCUUCGGAUGAGGAUGACGAUUCCGUGGCGGACGGAGGGCAUGAUCACCCGAACUGGGGCUUGACCAAGAGCGCGAUCGUUCUGCUGGGAUGUACGGUGCUGUACUCCCUCGUUGCCGAAGUUCUGAUAUCCAGUGUGGACAGUGUCGUCGAGAAGAUGGGGAUUGGAGAGAAGGUUCUGGGAGUUACGUUGUUCAGUUGGGUUCCUCUUGUGACUGAGUUCUACAACGCUAUUGCCUUUGCCAUGAACAACAACAUCGCCCUUUCUCUCGAGAUCGGAUCCGCGUACGUCAUGCAAGCCGCGAUGCUCCAAAUCCCCAUGCAAUCCGCCUCCCAACAACACGAUUGGACCCGCGCGGGACCUCAUCACCACGCCGAAGGGUUCACGAUGAUUUUCCCGCGGUGGGACCUCUACGCCGUCAUAUUCGGCACCUUUAUCCUCACCUACAUCUACAUUGAGGGUAAGGCCAACUACUUCAAGGGGUCUAUGCUUCUUGGGGCGUAUGCCGUGUUGUGUGCCGUCUACUUCUUCGAACCGAACUGGGAUUGA